CUCGGAGUAGCCCCAGAGGUGAACGAUUCGGAUCUCAAGAAGGCAUACAGAAAACAAGCAAUCAAAUAUCAUCCCGAUAAGAACCCAUCUCCCGAUGCAGAGGAGAAAUUCAAGGAAAUUUCUAAAGCGUAUCAAGUUUUGAGUGACCCGAAUCUUCGGGCUGCCUAUGAUAAACACGGCAUCCAGGAAGUUGGUGCGCUCGGCGGAGGGGGAGUGGAAGACCCUAGUGCUUUCUUCGCUGCAGUAUUCGGGGGAGAUAGAUUUAAUGAUUAUGUCAGUCUCAAGCCGAUUGGUGAAAUCUCUUUGAUGAAAGAGAUGACCUCGGUGACAGAAGCCAUGAUGACCGAAGAGGAGCGUCAAGAAAUGGAGAAUGAAUGGAAGAGUGCUCUAACACCUCCCACUGCGGUCGGAACUCCAGCUACAGAGAGCAAAGCGCCAGACCAUCCCACAGCAGCAUCAUCGUCCCCCUCUCCAUCCAAGAGCCCCAUUACUCAAGAUGGUCCCAGUGUAGAGCAUCCUGACGAAACGCACGGCGAAACCAGUGCUACAGCGUCCAACAAGACUCCGGAAAACAAGGCUAGUGAAGAAGGGCACGUUGGGACACCCAACCCAGCUGGUACUCCAGGAACAUCUACACCAAAGGAUCCAAGGGAAUUCGCUAAGCGCCGAAAUAAACUUACUCCUGAACAAAAGGCAAAGAUCGACGCUAUCGGAGAAGAACGGGACAAGGCCCUAGAAAAGAGAAUAGACGAUUUGACUUCAAAAUUAAAGGAU